ACCUUUGGGAAGCUCUGCCCAGCUAGGAUUCUGCUACACGGGCUAGGACGGCUCACUCAAGCGCUGCCUAGCGCUCCGGGGAGAAACAAGUGCGCGGCAGAGGUGGCCUGGCGCGCGUUUGUGUGUGCGUGCAUGAGUGUGCGUGUGCGCACGUGUGUGUGUGCGCGUGUGCGCAGGGGAGGCUGCCGCAGAGGCUCCUUUGUGGAAGGCACUUGCCGGUUCAGAAGCCAGCUUGGCGCCUCCCCUUGCUGGUUCCACGAGGACACCUGGCUCUUCGCAGUCGGCACCUCUCCGUCCCCCGCCACCCCUACUUCCCUCGGUGGCCGGCCAGCCGGCCCCGCGCCAGCCUUCGCGCGCGGGGAGCAGCGUGCCCAGUGGCGGCUUCCAGGUCCCCGGGGCCCCGCGCAGGUGAAGGUUUGCAAGAUGACACACAACAGAAGUGCCUUUUUCUCUGGCGGCAGACUGGCAAGCGUAUGAUGCAAAUUUGAUGUUUGCGUCUGCUUUCUCAAGGUCGAGAAGUUAUCUCCUUAGAAGGCAGCAGUACUAUGCAUGUUAUGAAUUGUGUCUCCUUGGUCAAUGAUAAAGAAAAUGGGAAUAUCGCCAUGGCAGCUGGAUUCAUGAUCGGGCAAACACCACCACCCCCUCCUCCUCCGCCACCCCCUCCACCUCCGCCAUGUCCCUAUUCAGGGGAAGGGUUUCCUCCUUCUCCUCCUCCUCCCCCCCCACCUCCACUACCUGGGGGGCCUCUGGUUCCACCGCCCCCUCCAGGCCUACCCCCAACUUCUCACGUGAAUGGCUACAGCCACCUUGGUAAGAAAAAGCGGAUGAGAAGCUUUUUUUGGAAAACCAUUCCAGAGGAGCAAGUUCGCGGCAAAACCAACAUCUGGACUUUGGCAGCCAGGCAGAAGCAUCACUACCAAAUUGAUACGAAGACCAUCGAAGAGCUCUUUGGGCAGCAAGAAGAUACCACCAAGUCUUCCCCUUCUAGGAGAGGAGGAAGUGUAAAUUCGUCCUCCAGGGAUGCUAGAGAAGAGAUUACCCUCUUGGAUGCAAAACGGAGCAUGAACAUUGGGAUAUUUCUUAAGCAAUUUAAGAAGUCUCCUCAGUCCAUCGUGGAAGAUAUUCAUCAAGGAAAGAGUGAGCAUUAUGGAGCAGAGACAUUGCGAGAAUUUCUGAAGCUUUUGCCAGAGUCAGAGGAGAUCAAGAAAUUAAAAACAUUUAGUGGCGAUGUGUGCAAGCUGUCCCUGGCAGACUCCUUUCUGCACUGCUUAAUUCAGGUGCCAAACUAUUCACUUCGGAUUGAAGCCAUGGUGCUAAAGAAGGAAUUUUUACCUUCUUGUUCUUCUCUAUACACAGAUAUAACAAUUCUAAGAACUGCUACAAAAGAGCUGAUGUCGUGCGAGGAGCUGCAUUCGAUAUUACACUUGGUGCUACAGGCGGGGAAUAUCAUGAAUGCAGGAGGGUAUGCUGGCAAUGCAGUAGGAUUUAAACUGUCUUCUUUGCUCAAAUUGGCAGACACAAAAGCCAACAAACCUGGGAUGAAUCUUCUGCACUUUGUCGCACAGGAAGCACAAAAGAAAGAUGCCAUUCUUCUAAACUUUUCUGAAAAAUUGCAUCACGUUCAGGAGGCUGCUAGAUUAUCUCUGGAUAACACGGAGGCAGAGCUACACUCGCUCUUUGUCAGGACGAGAUCUCUAAAGGAAAACAUCCAGCGGGAUGGUGAACUUUGUCAGCAGAUGGAAGAUUUCCUUCAGUUUGCGGUGGAAAAGCUGACAGAACUGGAGCGCUGGAAAGGAGAGCUCCAGGACGAGGCCCACACCCUGAUCGAUUUUUUCUGUGAAGACAAGGAAACCAUGAAACUGGACGAAUGCCUUCAGAUAUUUAGAGACUUUUGUAUCAGAUUCAACAAGGCAGUUAAGGACAACCAUGACCGGGAGGUGCAGGAGCUGAGGCAGCAGCAGCGGCUAAAGGAGCUGGAGGAGAAGCGUCGCUCCUGGGCAGCCGGGGAGCUUGGGGGCUUCGGCCGGAGCAGCAGUGAGAAUGACGUGGAGCAGCUGACCAAGAAGGGCGCGGAGGCCCUGCCCUCGUUCCUGCACGCCAGGCCCGUCAGCCCCUCCUACCGCACCCCCAACGCGCGCCGCUCGCGCCUGUCGCUGGGCCUCAUCGCCGACCGCGAGCUCCUCACCUUCCUGGAGAGCUCCACCGGCGGCCCCUCCGAGGAGCCCGCCAGGUUUCACAGCCUGCCCCGGAGCAGCCCCCGGCCCGCUGGGCCCACCGUGGCCUGGACGGAUCCUGCAGAGCCAAGGGGCCAGGACUCCGGGCGCGCACACAGACCUGGGGCCUCAGAGAGCCGGGAGGAAGCCCCCGAGCCCCCCUCAGCGUGGCAGAGCCAGCCGCCAGCGCCCGGGCCUGCGGAGCCUGCCUCCGCCUCCCCCCGAGCGCGGUGCGGCGGGGCCAGCAUCCUCCGAAAGAGGAACAGCGAACCUGUGGGCCUGGGUCCCGCCCGGUCCCCUCCACUCUCGCCGCUGGCUCUGGGGAUUAAGGAGCACGAGCUGGUGACCGGACUGGCCCAGUUUGACCUCCAGGGUUCCAAAGGCCCGGAGACACCCCGGCUGAUCCUGAAUGACUCCAGCCCAACGGCGUCUCUGGGGGAUGGGAGCCGCCUGACACCUGUGGGCAGAGGUGCCCAGGCGGGUCGCAGCCCAGCCCCAGGGGGUGAUGGGGCUGCCCCUGAUGAGCCCAGCAGCGCAGCUCUGGUAUCUGUAGGCAGCAGCGACCCUGAGAGCAAAGAUCCGGGGUCUCUGAUCUACAUCUUGGACACCACCGACUGCUCGCUGACCCUGGACUCCUCGGAGGGAGCCGACUCCAGACCGGGACCUGGGGAGCGGGAGGCGGGGGGCGAACGAGAUGGCUCCAUGUCCUCUGGGGCUGGGGAGACGGCUGGCAGCCAGGUCUCCUCUAACCCCGCUUCCAGCCCCCCCAGGGAGGCCCCUGCCCCGGUCUCCGUGAAAAGCCAGCCUAGCUCCAAGGGUGGCCUUCCGAGGGACAGACCCGCCAAAGGGAAGGAUGUGAUGGGGCCGAAGAGAAACUCCCUCAAAGACGCGUCCCAGGGGGCUUCCAGGCCCGCGAGCGCGCGGCGGGGCCACGGGGCGGCGCCCAGGCCGGUGCGGACCCUGAACGCGUCGGAGAGCGAGAGCAUGCGCAAGGUCGUGCCGCUCUCCCGGGCCGGCAGGGGCCCCGCGGGCUGGACGCGGCCCCCUCGGGACACCCCCGGCAGCACCGACGCGCCGUGGUCGCGCCGCAGCUCUGUGAGGGGGACCUCGGAAACGUCGCCCAGGAGGCCCUCCACGGGGCCGGGGGCGGUGGCGGAGGAGCAGAGGCUGCCCCGAGCGAGCGGCAGCUCCAGCAGCGCGCGUCCCGGGAAGGAGCCCCAGCUGCAGCGCAGGGGCUCCGUCAGGAAGCCCAGCGCCAAGCCCCUCAGGAACGUCCCCAGACAGAAACCUGAGGACAGUAAGAUCUGCUGCUCCAACUCCCAGGGCCUCGGGAGACCCCAAGAAGAGCCCAGGCGGCCGCCGGCUCCCAGCGUCCCCCGUGUCCAAGCCCCCAUCCCGAGCUUUGCCCGAAACACUGUCGCCUCCUCAUCUCGGUCCACGAGAACAGAGGCCCCUUCUGUGGCCAGAGCCCCUGGCAUCACGCGGACAGUCUCGCAGCGGCAGCUGAGGGUGAAGAGUACCCCUGAGGAUGCUGCCCCCAAGGACCCCGGCGCCCUGCGGCGGGCCAGCAGCGCCCGCGCCCCCAAAAAGUGUUCAGAGUCUUCUGCGGGUUCCAGUACCAACACGGAGACCCCUCUGAAGGGCAGAGGGGCUGGGGAAAGGGCCUCGCUCCGCCUGAAAGACUCACAUGCGACCACGCCCAGGAACAUCCUUCAUCCCUUCCGGAAGUGAUGGGUGCCUGUCCUUUGUCACCUCCUGGGGUUCAGAUGGAGAGGACUGGCUUCUGUGAAAGGCCAACACCAAAUGUCUUUGUUCCACGUAAAGUGACCCACUGGUGUCACCGAAGGCACAAUCUGGGAGGCCGGUGGACCGCCGCCUGCUGCGCUGACUCCUGCUAUGAAAUCCCGAGUCUGGACGUGUGCCACCCGGUGAGGGGCCGGCACCUCGCGCACACACCGCGGAGGUGUGUGCAAGCGAACCCUCUCCCCCAAAACGAAGACCCAGUCGACGUGUAAAAUGUCAUUCUUAUCUAACGAGUAAAAAAAGAAUUUUGGCCAGUUUUUAUACAUCAAAGACUUAUUUUUUAAUAUAAGAAUUAAGUUUUGUUCCAGUUGGUUCCUUUUGCAGAGUGAAAUGCCUCCCUGGAAAAAAAGAAGAAAAACCCCUUAAUAUGAAGAUAUUUUUAUCUUCCUGUGUUCCCUGGUCUCAGGGUUCCACCUGCCCACACACCAAGCAUUGCAGGCGGCUGGACUUCUCUGCCAGCCCUUGGUGUUCUGUGGUUGGCCCCAUCUCCUUGAAGAUGUUCCUGCCUCGCUCACCCCUCACUGUGUGACUCUGGGUGAGGGUUUGCGUGUGAGCAGGAGGGAAAGCGAGACUGGUGGACAGAAAUCACAUGCUGCGGGCAAGUCUUUCCUGGAGAUGAGCGGCAGCCCCUGGGAGGAUGCUGGAUCUUCUAGAGUUUAGAAGUGCCGAAUUAUAAUGGAAAGGCAUCAAGGGCUGUCCAGCUGAGCGCAUCUCUCCCGAUCUGUGUUUUCUCAUUUGUGUGUCUGUUGUAAAACUGAGUGAAGGCUGCUAUGACUUGGGUUCACUCCAGGUACGGGAGGAGUAAGCCCUUCCGUGUCCCAUUCUUCUUCCUCCCUUCUCUCUUUGCUCCCAGCCCUUCCUUCUUUGCUCAUGUGACCUGGAGCCUGGAGAGUCUCUCUGUCUCUCUGUCUCUCUCUCAGCGAUGAUACUUUUUAAUGCUGAUGUCUAUUCUUUGAUACAGUGGCUUUAAAAUCCCGAGAAAAACCAAAUUAAAUCGUUGAAAACAGACCAAAAAUAUGAACUUGUUUUCAGAAGAACUUAAAUCAUCAGAAACUUUUUUUUUUUAAAUCAGGCUUCAUUCAAAAGAAAGCAGAACACAUACCUUUUCUACUCAGUAUCCAUUCAUUGCUGUCCUCUGAGAUUAAUUGGGAAGUGUGGGAAUUCUUGAAACUUUACUGAGUUUAAAAAAUUUCCCUUGACUUUUUUUCACUUUUGAUCACUUAUUAGUGAAACCUCAUGUUAGAUCCAACAGUGAUGGGUGGAUUUAGGCCAAUAUGAUGUAUUUGUGAUGAAUCUGUGUGGGUAAUGUUACAGUCUCCCUCCUGUAAAAUGUGGCCAUCCAUCCAAAUUAGUUGGAAGCUGAGCUUCCAUAAGUCAGCUAAAUUGAAAAAGUAAAUUUUAUGGCUGAAGAAGUAAGACAUCUGACCGCAAAAACCUCUUGUAAAAAUAGCCCUGAGUGGUUGUUUCCAGGGCUGCACAAAGAUGGUUAUGGAAUCCUGAGCUGUUUGUCACCAUCUAAAAAAGCCUAAGAAAUCAUAUUUAACCGUGCAGACAACGUUCAAAACAUAGGGCCCAUGGGUGGGUGGAGAUGGAUGAAAGAGGUCAAAAAUUUUUGGAUUUGUGGAUGGUGAUGGGGUCCCGACCCUUAGGCAGGACCUGGGGACCAGGAUCUGGAGACCCAGCUCCAUCGCCAAUGCCGUGUGACUUUGGCAAGUCACUCCCUCCCCCUAAACUCCUGUUUCCCAGUCUGCAGAAGUGGGGACAUGGCCUCAAUGAUGGUCUCCAAGGGCCUUCUAGCUCCAAGAGUGCGAGUCAUCAUAAGCAACCAAUGACCCAUCUGCCCUGGGAUGAACUUCUCCCAACCAACCCCCAGCAUCUCUGCAGCACAGGCCUCACGUAAAGGCCUGCUUGGAAGAAGGCACCUUGAGAAUGGGUUGCUGCUGUGAAAUCCCGAGAAGUGGUUAUUUACUUAGCCCUGUGGAUGACUUCUGUGUAUACAUCUGUGCGAGCAGGUGAUCAUUCUAUUACCUUUUAUUGGUAGUAAACUUGGAAAAAUAAUUUAAGUAUAUAAAGGAGAAAUGUACAUAAGUUUCUAUAUAAAUUUGUUAAGAUGAACUGAAUGUAUUUAAAGGUCCAUUUAUAUGUUCUUUUACAUACCACGUAGUUUAAUAAAGUUCCUGUUUAUGGGA